GCUUGCACCGACUGACAAGUAGUAACGAGUAAAUCUAAUGUAAUCAACUUAAUCUAACGCCUCUCUUGAUACGAGUAACGAACCCCAUCCGUUGCUCCCCCGUAUUCCUCCGCACCGGCGCUGAGCGGACGCUCACCGCCUCCAUACUGCCCACUGGCUCAGGUGACCGGCUCGUCAAACCGCCCCCUCCCCUUCGGAGAUGUUGCUAUCUGUGGAUGACAGCAGAGCCGGAGGAUCGAAACAAGUGUUAGUGCCGCUCUUUCAGAAAGUAGUGAAGCUCGAAAUAAGCUCAAUCUUGUCUUGAAUUAGGCUUUUUACUGCUACGCGCCGAGGUCUAGUUAAGGUGCUUCAGCGUCGAUUCGGUCUUAUUAUUAAGCGACGAAGCUUAAGGAAGAGAGCAAGAAGACGACGUUACUGAGCUCAAUUCAGGACCGGCUUUUUUUCUCCCCCCCUCUCUCUCUUUCUCUCUAGUAACAGUAUCAAUUUCACCUGGAUGCAAUGACCGACUCGGUAGUGGACAGCAAGGCGGAGGUCAAACAAGCCACGAAAUAUGUCAAAGAGACCGAAAACGUUGCGGAAAAAUAUUCAGCGAUGACUGUCAGCAAAAACAGCAGUGAUGUGAACAUGAACGUUGGCGAAAUGCCUUCCGCAGCGUUCACCGCAGUCCCCACUCUGAAAUCCGUCAAGAAGAUCCAGUUUGCUAACGCGGAGGACAAACAAGAAUUCAGCAAGUACCCUACCAAGGCAGGCCGCCGUUCCCUUUCUCGGUCCAUCUCGCAGUCCUCCACAGACAGCUACAGCUCAGCUGCGUCCUACACUGACAGCUCCGAUGAUGAGACCUCCCCCCGGGACAAGGCCCAGGUCAACACCCAUGGCAGCAGCGACUUCUGUGUGAAGAACAUCAAGCAGGCUGAAUUUGGCCGCCGUGAAAUUGAAAUCGCAGAACAAGACAUGUCUGCUCUGAUCUCUUUAAGGAAGAGAGCCCAGGGGGAGAAGCCACUGGCUGGGGCGAAGAUAGUAGGCUGCACCCAUAUCACUGCUCAGACAGCGGUCCUGAUUGAGACGCUGGUAGCCCUCGGGGCCCAAUGUCGCUGGACUGCCUGCAACAUCUACUCCACUCAGAAUGAGGUGGCUGCUGCUCUUGCUGAAAUAGGGGUUCCUGUGUUUGCAUGGAAGGGUGAGUCAGAGGAUGACUUCUGGUGGUGCAUCGAUCGCUGUGUCAACACGGAUGGCUGGCAGGCCAAUAUGAUCUUGGACGAUGGCGGAGACUUAACCCACUGGGUGUACAAGAAGUAUCCCAGCGUCUUCAAGAAGGUCCGGGGCAUCGUGGAGGAGAGUGUCACUGGAGUGCACAGAUUGUACCAGUUGUCUAAGGCUGGCAAGCUGUGCGUCCCUGCCAUGAAUGUGAACGACUCAGUCACCAAGCAGAAAUUUGACAACCUUUACUGCUGCCGUGAAUCUAUCCUGGAUGGCUUGAAGAGGACCACUGAUAUAAUGUUUGGAGGCAAACAAGUUGUCGUGUGUGGUUAUGGAGAGGUGGGAAAAGGCUGCUGCACUGCUCUAAAGGCCCUCGGAGCCAUUGUGUGCAUCACAGAGAUUGACCCCAUCUGUGCCCUGCAGGCAUGCAUGGACGGCUUUCGAGUGGUCAAGCUGAGUGAGGUCAUCCGGCAGAUGGACGUGGUGAUAACUUGCACUGGCAACAAGAAUGUUGUUACCAGAGAACAGCUCGACCGAAUGAAGAAUGGCUGCAUCGUCUGCAAUAUGGGACAUUCCAAUACUGAGAUUGAUGUGGCGAGUCUGCGCAGCCCUGAGCUGACAUGGGAGAGGGUGCGCUCUCAGGUUGACCACAUCAUCUGGCCAGAUGGGAAGAGGGUUGUUCUGCUUGCAGAGGGCCGCCUCUUAAAUCUGAGCUGCUCCACGGUGCCUACGUUUGUGUUGUCCAUCACUGCUACAACUCAGGCCCUGGCCCUGAUUGAGUUGUUCAAUGCACCAGAGGGGCGGUACAAACAGGACGUGUAUCUCCUGCCAAAGAAGAUGGAUGAGUAUGUGGCCAGUUUGCACCUACCAAACUUUGAUGCCCACCUGACAGAGCUCUCUGACGAGCAGGCCAAGUACAUGGGCCUCAACAAGAAUGGCCCCUUCAAACCUAAUUAUUACAGGUAUUAAUUAGAGUGAUCCUCUGAUGGUGUGAUCCUCAGCACACAGUUACGCUGGGAAACAACAGAGAUAUCUAUUUUAUUUUAUCUAAAUUGCUACAAAAUGGAGGAAUUAUUUUACUUAUGCUGAAUGUAACUUAUUAAUAGCACUUCAGACAUGGUGUUAAAUAUGAAAAAUAAAACAUGUAGGAAACAUAAGAGUAAGACUUGUAGGAAACAUAUGAUGUAUAACUAACAUUUUACAUGUCUUGUCACGUGUUUAAAAGCAAAGGCCUGCUUGCAUGCUUUCAUGUGUACGUACUUAUUUAGUUGCUAAUGCUUAUGUUACUUGAUCACAAAGUUGUUGAUUUGUUUGUUUACCCUAUUUACGCACAGUGCCAAAUGAUGGCUGAUAAGAAUGGAGAAAUAUUUAUGUUUUGUCUGUCAUUAAGAUUUUAUUAGUACAUUCUAUGAGCCGGGGUUCGGGCUGAGCCAAAAUGAACUCUGUAUUACAAUGUACAUUAUUUUAGAAAUGUUAUAUAAUCUCAUUGAAUGGUAUCUGCAUACAAGCCCUAAAAAGUAACAUCCAGUCAUCCUUUCUAUUACAAUAAAGUACAGUGAUGAAAUAUCGCACUUGUUAUAUAAAUAUGACUGUUGUUUAUUUUAAGAAUUUAUAAUAGUCUGAGAAAGGCUGGCUGCAUUUUAAGUCCCUGACCAAAGGGAUGUUUAAUGUGUUAACAACAGAUUAAGAUGUUAUGUUAAAGAUAACAGGCUGUAUGCAUUCCUAAAAAGGAAGUACUGAAAAGGUUGAGGAGAAGGAGCCAGUAGAACAACUGCUGUGACUUCCUUCAUUUAAUACCAAGUUUCCAUUUGCUCACUCAAAUUCCAGCUGAGAUCUGUCUGACUGAAGAGAAGCGGUCAGCUGUUUAGUGUUUUGACUGGAUAAUACCUUUAAGGCCAUAGUAAGAAUGUGCCUUUGAAAUAAUUUAUAACACGUAAAUAUAAGCACUGACCUUAAUUAAAUGAACAUUCCUCUUUUGUAAAACCACAUCUAUUAGUGGUACAUUUAAUGUCUUCCUUCCACUGCUUCUGGUGUUAAUUGUAACUCUAAUGUAUGAGCUAUCUGUUGAGAAAAGAUAUUAGACUUUUUGUUUGCCAUAUGAUUGUCAUUGUCUUAAUUUGAUCCUACAGGGUCACCCAAAGUAAUAUUCCAUGUUAUCAAAAUGCACAAGUGUAUACUAUGUAUGUAAAAGAAUGCAUAAAAUCAGCAAUAAAGCGAGUUCUUUUACCAGAGAAACGUAACUUUAAA